AUGGACAUCAUGGACGGUCACUUUGUGCCCAACAUCGUCAUGGGCGCUCCUGUGAUCGCCUCGGUAUCAAAGGCGGUACCCAACAUCUUUAUGGACUGCCACAUGAUGGUCUCAGAUCCAGGCAACUGGGUCAAGGAUAUCUCCGAAGCGGGAGGAGCAUCUUAUACUUUCCACUUGGAGGCGACCGAUGAUCCUAUGGAUGUCGUACGUCAGAUCAAAGCUACCAAGAUGCGCGCUGCCGUUGCCAUCAACCCGGGAACACCAGCUUCCGAGAUCAGCGACGAGCUCGGAAAGGCGGUGGAUAUGAUCCUCGUAAUGACCGUAUGGCCAGGAGCCGGUGGGCAAAAGUUUAUGAAGGAGUGCAUGCCCAAAGUGGCCGAGUUGCGAGCGAGGUUUCCGGACCUCGACGUCGAAGUUGAUGGAGGCGUAGGUCCCAAGACCAUUGACAGGUGUGCCGACGCAGGCGCCAACAUCAUCGUCGCCGGAACGGCGAUAUUCAACCACUCGUCUCCCAAGGACGUCAUCAAGUUCCUCAGGACGAGAUGCGACGAAGCACAGGAACGCAUCAAGCGCGAACGCGAACGCAUCGCCCGCGGCGAAUCCGUCGACCACGAGAUCAAACACUACGAAGACGGUCGCAAGAGCGGAUGGCACAGUGGCGCCAUCACGCCACUGUCAUAUCCCAGGGUGUACAUGUCGGCCAGCAAGAGGGAAAAGUUGAGAAGGGAAUCGCAGGGCGCGUUGGAGAGAGGUGAGAGACCGACCAUGAGCUCCUUGCAGGGUAUGAGCGGGUUGAGUAUCACACCCGCCGCUAGCGCCGUGGAGGGUAAGUGA